AUGUCCGAUAUUGCGCUAGAAAAUCGGAUCAAUGACCUCUUGGAAGAAUCAUGGAACCUGGUAAGUUUGCAAAACAGUUUCAUAUACUUUCCUCAAAUCACGAAUCUCAUCUCUCAGUUCCAAUCUCGUCUUUUAAUAACACCAUCAAAAAGUUUACUAAAUAGCGAUGAGAUGUCCACUAUAUCGCAAAUGAGUGAUGCAAAUCCCAAGCUCAAAUUCUAUUAUCCGGAAUUGCAGCCGUUUCUAUUGAAAUUGGUAUCUGCUAACAGUUUGACUGGACUACUCACUGAUCGAUUGCAUGUAAAUCAUUUUGAAUUAAUGAAAGCCUUAGGAAUAGAAAAAAGAAGUCCAAUGACUCCUUUAAGCAGUCAAUAUGCAUUCAGUAAUAGAAGUGGCUCACCUCCGGGUCGACCAUAUUCAGAUAAGGGAGCAAACACUUCUACGUAUCUCAAACAGGAGAAUACUCAGCGAUGGGACAUGAACAGAAAUAUGCCAAGUCGGGAUUCCAAAUACACUUCGCGCUCGAUAGAACCCAGAUUUACUCACAGAAGAUCAAGUGACUAUGCCGCUGGUAAAUAUCUGCCAAAAGAUGCAAAGUAUGAGAGGAAAGCCGAAAACACAGACGACCUUCUCAAUAAACUCAGUGACAUACCCAAUUCCGAUUACCCUUUGCUUGUGAAUCGAUUAACUUCAGCCAUAAAAGUGCAAGAUAACCUAAUUCAAAAUAUAAAAUCAAACUUACAGUUAUCAGAGAAUGAUGCAAACCCUCUGAAGACGAACCAACUUGCUACAUUUAUGCAUAAUCUCCCCUUCAUAAAACAAUACCAAGAGCACAAAACUCACCAGAGCCAAACGCACACUUGGAGUUCUCUUGCAAUUGAUCUUGCGACAUUGGUUCUAGCAACGAUACUUAUUCUUAAUCUAUUGAAGUUGGUUCUCUUCUUCUUGGUUUAUUUAGCAUCUGCUGGCGAUGGUGGAGAAAAUUUUGAAUCCUACGUGAUGCACGAAGAUGGUAUGUCUUCGAAGAGCUGCAUCUAUUUCCAAUGGUGGAAGGAGAUACAAUGGUUGGAGUAUUGGGUUUAUAAUUUAAGCGACUGGCUAGAGUAG